AUGUUGACGGGGCAACCCCAAUCAAUGCAGUGUCCAGUCUGCUCUCGCACAUUUUCACGCGCUGAGCAUCUCCACCGGCACGCGCGGACUCAUACUGGCGAAAGACCCUUCAAGUGCGGAUGCGGUCAUUCGUUCACCAGACGUGAUCUCCUCACGCGUCACCAGCGUCUCAGGCAUACCAACAGAUCUCCAAAUGCAGAACCAUCUUCGCGCCAAACUCGUAGUGGGAAUAUGUCGGGUGCAGGGCAGGAUAUUCCAACCCUUCAAGGGACCGAGCCAAUGCCCACUCCGUCAAGCUCGUUACCCAGCACCACCAGAGAUGGUGAUUCCUUCGCAGACCAAAUGACUGAGCAUACACUCCUAGAUCCAGUCCAGGAUUUCACGGAUUUCGUAGAUACAAUGGGUCUCAGUUCAGACUGGAGCAUGUUUGCAAUACCGCAACUUGAGAACGAUCAACAGCUGACACCGUUGACGAUGGAGGAAUUGUCCAUGCCUUCUGUGGAAGCGAUUAAUUCAGAAAUCCUACACUCAAAUCAACAAUUACUUAGAGCACCCCAUCAGUCGUUAGCCACGUCCCAUCCUCAGGAUGACGAGGCUCUUGGAGCUGCAGAAGAGGAACCCACUGCUUACAGUGGCAUGGGGGAUUUCCUCCCACAUUGUAACAUCACGCAGUCUCAAUAUGCACUACUUCUCAAUAACAUCGAACAAUUUCAUGCGGUGAUACCAGACUUCGUGCUACCCUCCCGUCAUGCGCUCACAAGAUUCAUCUUGGGCUAUUUUGAUGGUUUUCACAAUCACCUUCCAUUUAUACAUCUGCCUACUUUCAGCCCCGUUGAGUGCGCUCCCGAAUUCUUCCUGGCGGUUGCCGCAGUUGGGGCUCAGUAUAGGUUUGAGAGCCAUGUAGGUUUGUUUCUGUUUGAUGCUGCGAAGGCCAUAUCCAUGGAGCAAGCACGUCGCCGAACCCGCAAUUACUCCGAGGUAGUGGUUGGCUCGAGAGUGACAAACCCCACGCACCCAAGACCCUCAUACAACAUCAGCGAAAAGGGGAAAUGGGACCGUUUGCAGACAUGUCAGGCCCUUUUGCUCCUGAUCGUCUUCGCCACCUGGGAUGACGACCCCGAGUUGCUACGCGAAGCCAUCGGGUUCCAGACAAUUCUUGCUGGGUGUCUCCGUGUAGGCACAUUCAGUGAGGAUGACACCAUCGAUACUGCUGGAAACUGGCACGACUGGGUGAAGGUAGAAGGAGCCCGACGGGUCACACUUGUGGUGUUCUGCUAUAUGACUCUGCAGGCGAUCGUCUUCAACAUUCCACCCACCAUUCUUAACGAUGAAAUUCACCUGCGCCUCCCCUGCUCUUCUGUUCAGUGGAAUGCUAAAUCCGCAAGCGAGUGGUCGCGAACCAGACGCUCAACCGAAGACUGCCAGCCGCUUUUCCAAGACGCCUUGACAUCUUUGUUAAUGAACCCAUCUCCAUCUCCGGACUCCCAAACGUACUUCGCGUCGCCACUGGGCAACUUCGUCCUCAUCCACGCGCUUCUGCAGCGGUUGUUCACGAUUCAACAGAUAGCUGGAGCGGCGCCUUCGACCUGCAUCGAUAGCCUACGAGGCCAGCUAGAAUCUGCUCUUCAUCGGUGGAAGCUUGGCUGGCAGCGCGCUCCAGAAUCUAGCCUCGACCCCCACAACCCGAGUGGUCCUAUUCCCUUCACGUCGACGGGAUUCCUGGCGUUAGCGUACGUCCGCUUGGUCUGUGAUCUUGGUCCUCACCGAGCGCUUAGCUCUCGUGAUCCGACUCGCAUUGCGAUGGCGCUUGCUCAACUUCCCCCCGUGGAUCGCAAUCCCCGCGUCAUCCCGGCACUACUUCAUUCAGCCCAUGCUCUCAGUAUCCCGGUCAAGCUGGGCGUGGACUUUGUCGCAAAGAGUCAGCAUUUCUUCUGGAGUGUUCAGCAAUCUGUUUGCAGUUUGGAAUGCGCUGUGUUCCUCAGUCGAUGGCUCCAUCAGAUCGGGCAGUCUAAGGACCGUCAUCCUUUAAGCGAAAGUGAACAGCGCCUCUUGUUGUGGACUAGUCGCAUUGUGGCCGAGGCGCCGGUACACCCAAUUCAAGCUCGAACAGCAAGGGGCUCCUCCGGUUCAGGGGAAGAACUCGAGCCCUUCCGCUUAGGACUAUGCGUUAUUCAAAUCUGGGCGAAGAUUUUCAAAGGUAAUACGAGCUGGAGGUUGGUAAAUAUCCUGGGAGAGAGUCUGGAGUUGCUGGCGUCGAUGAUGCAGAACGGCUCCAUAUGGACCGAAGUGUCGGGUACUGUCUCUGGAGGCUCCACUGCCGGACAGCUCGAUUCAGGAUGGGACAGAUUUCGUCGACGUUGA